UAGAGUUUCACUAGAAAAGACUCAAAGAGCAGUUCAGCAAUGGAUUCUUGCCUCAAGAAAGACGAUGGACGUUUGGUGUUUAAGUCAACAAAGCCCCAUUUUUUCAAGAUAAUUCUUGAUGAUACCAUUCGUAGUAGGAAGCUUGGCAUUCCAAGAAAGUUUGUGAGGAGAUAUGGAAGUGAACUCUCAAGUCCUGUAUUCCUGAAGAUGCCCAGUGGUGCAAAAUGGGAGAUACAGCUCUUGAAAUGUGAUGAUGAGAUUUGGUUAACAAAUGGCUGGCAGGAAUUUGUGGAGUAUUACUCUCUAGCCUUUGGAUAUUUUCUGAUUUUUGAAUUUGAACAAAAUUGUCAUUUCAAUGUAAUCAUAAUGGACAAAAGUGCUUCAGAGAUAGAUUAUCCAUUCAGCAUCAUCAAUGGAAAUAAUAAGGAGCCUGAUCUUAAGGAAGAAUUGCCAGAGCAAAAGAUUGAAGAAACUGAAAAUGUUAACCCCUUGCAGUCCAGAAAAACAAAAGAGAAUUCACCAUUGCCAUUCACUCAGCCUCAUAAGAAGAUGAAGCUAGAGAAUCCCACAGAAAACACAAAAUCACACCAUCCCACUAGGCAAUCUGAAGGACUUGAUUUUGCAGCAAAGAGGGGCAAGGCUAAGGAUACUGUGAGGACACAGCCAUUGACAGCUGAGGAAAAAGCUACUGCACUCCAUAGAGCAACAGCUAAUUUUAAUUCUGGAAAUCCUUAUUUCAUGAUUGCAUUGCAGCCAUCAUAUCUUAAUAAAUUGGUAAACAUGUCUAUACCAGCAAGCUUUGCCAGGGAAUAUUUUAUCAAGAAUCGUGAGAUUGCCACGCUCAUUACAAAGGAUGGAAAAACUUGGUCUGUUGAAUUCUGUUAUACUGUGAGCAACAGGAAACAAUCAGCUAGUUUAGGUCUUGGUUGGAAUAAAUUUUCUCAAGAAAAUUACUUGGAAGUUGGUGAUGUUUGUGUCUUUGAACUGAUUAAUCGCAGUGCAAUUAGAUUCAAUGUAGUCAUUUUCCGACAUAUCAAAGAUACAAAUAGCAGCCCAUCACUUGGAAACAACAAGCAACUGAAUCAUGAAGAAAGUAGCAUCUGCAAGCCGUUUAAUCCAGGGCAUUCAUGUUCAAAGGCUUUUGAAGCUGUUGAAGCAGCAAAGAAAUUUUCCUCGGCGAAUCCUUUCUUCAAAGUGAUCAUCGGUUCAUAUCAUCUGGAGCAAUCCUUAUUGUAUGUGCCGCUAAAUAUCGUCGCGAAAAGUACAACGCGACGCAGAAACAAUGCAAUGUUACAGGUUGAGAACAAGCGGUGGCCUGUGAAAUUAUUCAAGUAUCCUCCUAACAGUAUGAUUGCAGAGGGAUGGCGUUCAUUUGCAACGGAGAAUUUUCUAAAAGUGGGAGAUGUUUGCAUCUUUGAGCUGAUUGCCAAUGAAGCUGUGCUGUUAAAGGUUACCAUUUUCAGGAAUGUUGAUUAA